UGCAUUCGUUCUUUCGCACGCCGGAAAUUUUCAGCUGGCCGUUGAUUUGCGUCCUCAAUGAAUGUUUAUAUAAAAUAAAAUAAAAUGGUGCAACUAUUUAAAUUUUUAUUAAAAGCUGAAAAAAAGCCACUACGUGCAUAUCUACGUAACGCCUUCAUCGACAGCUUGCGUUUGACAGUGCGCGGUGGACAUGGAGGUAAUGGUACUCCAAAAUACGGUGGAAUUGGUGGACAAGGCGGUUGUGUAUAUUUCGUAGCGAAAGACGGUAUAAGCUUGCGAAAUGUUAGUCAAAGAUACAAGACGAAACGCAUUUCCGCAUCAAGUGGCGAGGAUAGCAGUAAAGUGCGUAUACUUGGACGUCGCGGGAUGGAUGAACGUGUGGAAGUACCACUAGGCGUGCAAGUGCUAGGCGAGCGCGGUCAACUGCUGGGCGAUUUAAAUGAAGAUAAUGCAACAUGCAUAGCGGCGGGUGGUGGUGCUGGUGGUUGCACGGGUAAUAAUUUUUUGGGUGCGCCUGGGGAUCAUCGCAAUGUAAGCUUGGAUUUGAAGCUAAUUGCUGAUGUUGGACUCGUUGGUUUCCCUAAUGCUGGCAAAAGCACCCUGCUUAAGGCUAUUUCAAAUGCCAAACCUAAGAUAGCCUCAUAUCCAUUCACCACCAUACGACCACAAAUAGGCACUGUGGACUAUCCGGAUUUACGUCGCAUAACCAUUGCUGACUUGCCUGGACUGAUUGAGGGCGCACACGCCAAUAUUGGCAUGGGUCACAAAUUUCUGAAGCACGUUGAACGCACACGCCUACUUCUCGUUAUGGUUGAUAUAUUUGGUUUCCGUUUGAGCGCGCAACAUGCUAAACGUAAUUGCUUGGAAAAUAUUUACGCGCUUAAUAAAGAGUUGGAACUUUACGAUAAGACAUUGUUGGAUAAGCCGUGCGUGUUGCUUUUAAACAAAAUGGAUUUGAAAGGUGCCAGUGAAUUUUUGAAAGGCGUAAAGCCAACAAUCAAGAACUUGGAGAGUGGUUUAGAUAAUUGCCCUGAAGAAAUACGGCCGUCAAAGCUAAUAAAAUUUGAGCGUAUUAUACCGAUUUCAGCCCAGAACGUUAAACGUAUUGAUGUGGUAAAAGAGGAGUUAAGGGACGUGCUAGACAGCUUAGCGGAGGAGAAGUAUUUGCCUGAUGCGCUGGAAAUACGCGAACAAUUACAAAGGAAAGUGGGCGAACGUGGACCUAAAAUAACUUAAGCUAAAAAUAAAAGCCUCAGAAGUUCUUAGGAUAGCAUAUAAUUUUUUAUAAGAUGUUAACAAUUGAGUUAAAUGAUUAACCAAAAACUAAUAAACUCGCGAACAAAUUCAAGUAUAAAAACUGAAAUAUAGUACUA